AUGAAAAGCUUUGCAAUAUUCAACAGGCAGGAAGAAAUUGAAUUGGCUAAGCAGAUCUUCUGGCAAGCUCUUAGGAUUAUGGAUGAAAGUUGCCCAUCAAGACCAGGAUCUCUAGUGGAUUUGGCUGAGGUGUAUCAAGUGGAGUACUGCAGCAUCAGGAACAAACAAAGCCUGGAUAUCUCUCUGGAGCUAUACUAUGGAGAGGUAGGCUUAAUAGGAGAUUCUAGUGACAGUAUUAGACUUCAGGACCUCUUAACUAGGAUCUUUACUGGUCGUUCAUUCUAUUAUCUUGAAAGGUACAAGAAGACAAGAAUCUCAACAUAUCUCGACAAGUCUAUUGAGAACAUCAGAGAGGUCUUGACGCCACUGGCUACCAAGAGUGUACUCAAAAUCAACCCGCUCGUUACCCUCGCAAACGCCUACAUUGCAGGCUACACUAUAACACAGCAUAUUUCGUACUUGGCAUCGACAGAUCAGCUCCUCAAUGAGGCAAGCGAUAUCGUAACAUCUUCCAUAUCUACAGAUGAUACGUCACGUGUUGCAUGGCUUGUUCUUAUCGGAGAAAGUUACAAGAGUAGGUAUCAUGCCGCCAAGCUCGAUUCCGAUUUACAUCAGGCAGUACAGUUUCUUAACGAAGCUUUUGAUGUGGCAUCUCUCAACGCAACCAGAGAUCUUUCAAGACUCGCAUCGGUUGCAAAAAGCCUGACAUCUACAUUGAAAAUGCAGAAAGACUGGAACAAGGCAUAUCUCGUCAUCAAACAAGUGGUACCAUUGAUCGCCGCGACCACGCCACGCUUUCUGGAUAUUUCAGAGAGCCAGCUUUUACUGUCCAAGUACUCAACACUAGCAUCUGAGGGUGCAGCCCUUGCCAUGAGUGCAGGUUGUGAGCCCAUGGAGGCCAUUCAACUAUCAGAAGCAGGCCGCGGGGUGGUCAUGUUGGCCUUGAACGAACUCCGUCUUGACUUGACCUCAGCUGCAGCUCUAGGUGCCCAGCAUCGCGAACGGCUUUCCGUUUUCCAACAGGAACUUCAGUAUAAAUCGCCCUCUUCAACUCUAGAUGUUAGAAAUGACACCCAUGGAGGAGAAGGAAUUGUAAAGCAAUCUGCUCGACGGAUACAAGUCGGUCGAGAACUCAACGAGUUUGUUCAUAACCUGCGCGCCCUCAAUCACCAGAUGGCCUUUCCUGAAACUGUAAGAAGUGCCCAUCUAGCCCAGGCAUCUUUGGGUGGCUCCAUUGUUGUCAUAAAUGUGCACUAUCGCUGCGAUGCGUUUCUGAUCAGAGGGGCCAUGACACAAGCCUUGACCUUACCGAAGCUAUCGAUGCAGGCAGUACAAGACAGGGUUGAUGAGGGCAACUUUACAAGUUUUUCUGUGCUUGAGUGGCUCUGGGAUACCAUUGUUGACCCAGUGCUUGAUGCUCUUGGAUAUACUGGCCCGCCUUCUUGGGAUGAUCCGUGGCCACGCAUCUGGUGGAUUCCUACAGGAUCAUUGAGCAAAUUCCCACUGCAUGCUGCGGGCCAUCACUUGGAAGAGGAGUCUUUCAAUAGCACUAUCGAUAGAGCCAUAUUGUCCUACAGCCCAUCGAUUAGAGCCCUGGUAGAGACUGUCAACCGAGGAGAAAACAUAGGACGUAACCAGCUACAGCAGGCUCAGCAGGCCUUAAUCUUUUCAAUGGAGCACACACCAGAUACUACAGCACGUCUCCCAAACGCAGUCGCAGAAGCCCAGGCUGUUGAAGAGGUCUGUGGAAAAGUGUCAAUCAGAACCGUUCGUCCAGAUCGAUGCACCAAAGCCUCCGUUCUCGCACAUUUGCCCAGUUCAGAUAUCUUUCACUUCGCUGGGCAUGGUUACACUGACCAUUCUGAUCCAUCAAGAAGCCACCUACGCCUUGAAGACUGGAAGACCAACCGGCUCACAGUUUCAGACUUGAUCGCAAUAAACCUUCGCAAGCAGAAGCCGUUUCUUGCCUAUCUCGGAGCUUGCGGCACGGGGGAGAUACAAGAUGCCAGGCAUCUUGACGAAAGCGUGCAUUUGAUCAGUGGCUGUCAACUAGCUGGUUUUCGGCACGUGAUUGGAACACUAUGCAGGGAAAAUAACAAGACCUGUGUAGACGUUGCAGUCCUCGCGUAUGAGGUCAUCUGUCAAAAGGGACUUACGGAUGCUUCAGUAAGUGAAGGGUUACAUCACGUUGUUCGUGAGUUACGAGACCUUUGGCGACAUGACCAUAAACAUCAGUUGUGGAAAGAGAAUACCUCAAAUUAUCAACGCGAUGAAAGUCAUGAUGGAGGCAUGUGGACUACGGGACAGAGAUUGGAUGAUGGAUUGAGAGAUGUCAUUGCCUGUGAUUCGGAUGAUGAUACUUCUGGAAAUACUCCUUUACAAUGGGCUCUAUAUGUUCAUUACGGUUGUUAG